CAGCAGUGAGUUUGAUGAAGCAGCGUGGAUGAUGAGGACGUCAGAGAACAAACCUGCAGCCAACUGAGGGCAAGUGAAGAAGGUCAAACACCUCAUGCGUGGGUGCCGCAGAGGUCCGAGCGGAUACCGGUCAGUCAAACAUGGGUGUGCUCCAGCUUCACAACCCCACUCACUCCAGCAUGCUUUUGCAGAGGGCCAAUCAGAUGCGUCUGACUGGCACGCUUUGUGAUGUCAUCAUCACUGUGGACGGCCAGGAGUUUCCUGCACACCGCACCGUGCUGGCCUGCACGAGCAAAAUGUUUGAGAUCCUGUUUCAUCGCAGCAGCCUGCGCUAUGCCCUGGACUUCUUGUCGCCCAAGACCUUCCAGCAGAUUCUGGAGUACGCCUACACCGCCUCCCUACAGGCCACAGCGGAGGAUCUGGACGACCUGCUGUACGCUGCAGAGAUCCUGGAGAUCGAGUAUCUGGAGGAGCAGUGCCUGAAGGUGCUCGAGACCAUCCAGGCUGAGGAGAGCGAAGCGGUGACCAUGAGGAACCACAGCUCUGGAGACCACAGUGACCACAGCCGGGCCAGACACUGGAGACACGUGUUGAUGUCCAAGAAGCAUUCCACACAGGACGGAGCCAACUGCACCACUCCGGCUGCACUGCACCACUUGGCUCUGUACCACAUGACGGACUGCAGUUCUCCUGCACCGCAGGCUGACGGGACUUUAGAAUCCAGCCCCAAGUUGAACACGGACAUGGCGGGUUCUCAGCAGCAUCAGCUCAGUGCAGCAUUGUCCCGGAUCUCAUCCCUGGACCCAGACAGAAGUAUAAAGACAGAGAUUAUGCAGGUGGACAGUAGUGCCAACAGCUGCAGCAACAGCUCCUCCAGCGCAUCAGACCAGCCCAGAGACGAGGGUCCGGGGACGCCCGUCAGGGGCAGCGUGAUUACCAGCGCUCGAGAGCUGCACACGGGUCAGGAGGACGGAGGACAGAACGCAGCCGACAGUUUCUCUGAGACCACAGAGAAACAUCUGGCCUCCAUUUACUCUGUGCCCUCCAACCACUCGGUGGAGGGGAUGCUGCCCUUGUCAGUCUCAGUGGCCCCAUCCUUGGGUGUGCCGCUGGACCCCUACAGCGGACUGCUGCAUCAAGGCCUGCUCCACAGGGAGCUGCUCAGCAGGCUGGGCCACUUCGCAGCAGGAAUGAGGCACGAGGGCUCGCUGUCAGGCCAACACUGCUGCGCAGAUGUGCUGGAUGUGGGUGCACGGGUAGCGGGGUACUGGGUCCAGGACCACAUCCGCCAUACUGUGGAACUGGCCUUCACCUGCUGGGAUCAACACUGA